AUGUCAAGAGUGUCCCGGAAGACGAAGCCUACGCCGUCCCAGAACAAGCAUGUCUUCGAGCCGUUCUCUAGGCGCAUCGCACGCCUCAAGAUUGACCCGAUACACACAGUCAAGGGCCGAACGCCGCUCGACGACGGUUCAGACUUGUCGUACAGCUUCUUCCGAGUUGCGCUCGACGAGUGGUCUUCCCUCAACCUGACGACUACUUUCACCAGUUUCCUGCGCAGUGUCAACGGCAUCAGCGAGACUUUGCCACAGCUACUGCACCAUGCAGACACCGUCUUCAACCUACUUGUACAACACAUCGAGAAGCGAGAUGCGUUGGCUCUUGAGCCGUUGCUGGAUUUGACGGCGCAUUUCGCCCAUGAUUUGGGACAAGAGUUUGAGCAAUAUUUCGAGCGACUCGUCACUCUGAUUGCGAGUGUUGCUGCCGGUAGCGAAGCCUCAGACGUUGUGGAGUGGUCUUUCACAUGCCUGGCAUGGAUGUUCAAGUAUCUCGCACGUCUGCUGGUCCAGGAUCUGCGACCACUAUUGACUAUCUUCCGGCCAUACUUGACCUCGCGCAAGGAACAUGUAUCUCGUUUCUCAGCGGAGUCACUGGCUUUCCUGAUCCGGAAAGCAGCACUGCUCUAUCCGAAGAACCAAGUUCCUUUGACUACUGCCAUAUCCCAUCUUCUAGAGUCAGCAGUCGACCAGCCUUCACAAGUGGGUGUCAUGACUUUGUUGACCGAGAGCUGUCUUGGCGUCGAUGUCGAACUACACGCUGGAGCAAGGCAUCUUGUUCAGUGCUUGCUUUCGAAUGCUUCGAGUGGGAAAGACCAGGCCACGGCGCAGACCAUUGUGAGUGGCGUGCUUAUCGGGCUUAUCCAUGAGAGUGAUGGUGCAAGCUUUCAGCCAAUCGCGAAGCAAGUCUUGGACUUGGCUAAAGUCGCGACCGCCGGAAAUGAUACCGACAGAAUCAACUUUUCGGUCAGCAUGUUACAAGUAAUUGUCGGAGGCCGGAAAGGCAUCAGGGUGUCAGCCUGGAAGGACAUUAUAGCCACCUUUAUUGACCUGAUCAACGCUGUUAACAGCAAUGCAACCGAGCAGACAACACAACAGAGACUCCUCACUUCGGCCCUAAUCCUCCAAAAUGCUCCGGCUGGUGGUCUUCUUCCGAUGGUAGGUUCUCUGCUCGAUGCCUCAAUCAAAAGCCUCUCAGCCACCUGGUUCUUCACUUACUGCACCAUGGUGGCGAGUCUGGGAAAAGAACGAUUCCAACAAUUCGUCUUACCGCACCUCCAGAACUUCGUCACGUCAAACUUCUCGGACGACGAGACUGCAUUACUCUUCACUCUUGACCAGUUGCGUAAGCAGGAAGCUAUUGUGGUCGAAGAUGGAGCAUCGAACAGUCUCAAGUCGCCCAAGGUCUGGGACGAGUCUAUUGCCUCGCGCUUGAAGGAUGCCACCAGUGGUACGCUGCCUGAUGCAUGGUUUGUAGGCGUUUCUCGAUUGCCGCACAACGUUCGCCUGUCCACGGAUAGAUCAACGCUCUUCCAAUGUAUGAAGCAAAGAGUGAUCCGGCAGCUCCGAUCGGGUAGACUUGAGGAUCUCAAGUCUCACAUCAUCGCCGGAUCAUUCUUCGAGAGCGUCGUCGACCUUGCAUCCGACCCAUCAGAGCUGGCGGACUUAUUCGACGAGCUGAAAGGCGUACUUCUGCAGCUAUGGUCACUCACACCUUACCUUCGAGCCGUCAACGCCCUACUUAGGCGACACCCCGGAACAGUCAACCUUUUCGGCUCAGACCAAUACCAAAUCCAGGAAGUACUGGUGUCUAAUCUGCUGCUUCGGUCCACUGACGUCCGAGAAGAAUCGCUGAUCCUCCUCAAUUCGAUUGCACAAUCAAGUGGAGAUUCAUGGAUGGUACAAGUGCUCGCGAACUUGCUAUCGAUCCUACGGACACCAUACAUACCGGCCAACGCCCGCACAAUCUCGAUGCUCAUUCGGAAAUUGCCUCAACAACAACGGGCUUCUCCCAAAGAUUCUAUCCUAGAGCUCGUUAUUCCGAACUUUUGCUUAGGCAUCUUGUCACGAUACCACGACCAGGCAAGGAGAGAUGUCUGUCGAGCCCUAGGCGAGAUGAUAGAAGAUUCAGCACUCGAGGAUACCAUAAUGGACAUACUGGUGUCCUGGCUGAUCACUCCCGCCAUCAAGGACUUGCCAAAGCUUAAAGAUGUUGCCUCACCUGUUACAUCGUCCGCAUUCGAGGACAUGUCGCUUCUGCAGGCACGGAGCGCAGCAGAGGCCAUCUGCAACCAGUUCGAGGAUCCAGCAGGGCAGCUUGUAGCAGAUGCUGAACUCGAGCAUCAAAUACCAAAACCUGGGCCGCCUCCACAGGGCAGGAAACUGGCACUUGAUGUACUCACAGAGAUGGUGUCGCUCGCCGAGAAAAGAUCAAAGUUUGUUACGCCAGUAUUCCUAGAUGCACAGUUUACAAAGAGUGUUCACGAUGCCACACGCUCAGACUCUUCGACCUCCUCGCACACUUUGAGCGCCGAGGGGUCUAAUGAGGAUUGGUCACUGUCGGAAAGGAAGGCUUUCAUCACACUAUUCGCCAACUUCAAAAAUCCUCGGGUGCUCUACCGUGCUACUGAAGUUUACGACAAGCUAUUCGAACUUCUCGCAAACGGCAAUGUCGAUAUCCGGAAACAGGCUCUUCUGACCAUCCUUAAGUGGAAGAAUGCGGCAUUGCAGAAGCACGAGGAGGUGCUGCUGAAGGUCGUGGACGAGAAGAUCCCAAGCACGGAAAUCGGCGUCAUCCUAAACGCUGAGUCAGAGGACAACCCUGUGAAGACCGACGAACGAGGCGACGUCCUCCCAGUUCUGCUGAGACUUGUCUAUGGCCUACUUGUCGGACGCUCCGGCACACACGGGUCACAGGAGUCGCGAAGGAAAACGUUGCUUCGGAUGCUUUUCCGCAUGCAGCCUUCCGAGAUAGCUUCGUAUCUUGAAAUUGCCAUCGGCAAAUUGCAAGACGUGCGCUUGCUUCAGGAUGGAGGUCUUUCCAUCGAUGCCCUACAGCACGAAGUCACGACUCCCGAUCAGAGAUACGGAUUUCUGCGGAUGACACUAUCCACGAUUCAGACGCUACAGACCACCUUUGCGCCAUUCGGAAAUCAAGUUAUCGAAGCGAUACUAUACUGCACAAUGAGAUCUUCGACGAUUCUUGAGUCUCUGCCUGAAGUCUCGAACAGCCUCGAGAGAUCAACACGACGUACGGGCCUCGAGUGCCUGACAAGCUUGUUCGAGAUCAGAGCAGAGAUUGAAUGGACCGUGUACAUGCCGUUGAUCUACUCUCAGUUACUCAUUCCUCGGCUCGAGUCCUUCGCGAAUGACAACAUACAAGCAGUGUCGGUCCAGCUGCGUCUAGUUGCUCAAUGGUGCUCAGAUCCCGACUUCGUCAGCUUUCUGGUCAGCCAUGAUGACCGUUUGCUCGAGUCUUUGUGGCAGAUACUAUCCUCCACCAGCACGAAGCCGGAGGUCAAGGUCUUCAUCCUCGAAAACAUGCUGCUCCAGUUGCUCGGUCACGUUAAGGAACAGCAUCACGGAGCCACCAUUGGCAUACUUGAGCAGCACCAAACGACGAUAGUGCUAGCUCUUUCGAACAACCUGCAGGCCGCACCGCCCGCCGAUGUCCUGAAGAGUAUCAGCACAGUACUGCUGGAGGUUGCGCCGCAUACCAAGUCAAAUGGUAGCAGUGAAAGCAUUAUUGGACUGCUCAUUGACUUGGUCAUAUCCAGUAAGCAUAGGCUGACCCCAGCAGUGAAGUCGAAAGCACUGGCGGCAAUCAACGCCCUGCUCGAUGCAGAGAACUCUGUCUCAUCUGGCGGUGUUGUGAACAAGCUAUUCAAUGCUAUCUCCUCGCUCUUCGACUACUUUAGAGACUCGGCGAAUCGACUGGUACUAAGCAAGAUCUUGCAGAGCUUAGCUCGAACCGAUCGAUCCAUCGACCUCGCAGCCAAAUUGUGCUUCGACCUGAAUUCCAUGUCUCCCGAUCAAUUGGACGAGCCAGAUUUCGACCGCCGUCUGCGAGCUUUUCAGCGAUUGGCGACUCUAGAAGUGGAUAGUGGUGGCUUGGUUACGUGGCGGCCUGUUGUGUAUAAUUUGCUCUUCUUCUGCAAGGACGAGGACUUCAACAUACGAUCUAACGCGGUGUCAGCACUCCGGUCAUUCAUCAAGAGGGCCUCUGGCAUGGAUACACUGUUAAAAGGGAUCGUCCUGCAAUCCGUGCAGAAAGGCAUUACGCACGACUCCGAACUUGUUCGAGCAGACUUUGUUGCUCUAUUCGGGCUGCUAGUGGAGCAUUGUGAGGACCCGCGAUUGAUUGCUUUGAGACCAUUGCUCUUUGGCAACGACGAAGAAGCAAGCUUCUUCGCCAAUGUCCUGCACAUUCAGCAGCACAGACGACUCAGAGCAAUCCGACGACUCGUCAGCGAGGUCGAGAAGGGCACUAUUGACGCACAAAGCGUUGGUCAGGUCUUCCUUCCUCUCCUGCAAAAGUUCAUCAAAGACGAAUCACUGGACGAAUCCGCUCAGGGAAUGAAGGGUCAGAGCCUUGCGGCUAUGGGCACGCUUUUACAGUGGAUUCGAUACAGCCAAUUCAAGGUCAUCUUCAAGCAGUAUAAGGCCGAACUGGAGAACGAAGAUCAUCAGAAGACCGCGAUCAAGAUGCUCGGUCAAGCCACAGAUGCCGUGCUGCAAGCUUGGCAGGACAGAAAUGCUGCAAAGGAGCAGCUCUCACACCUGGCAACAUCUCUGCCAGAGGACGCUUUGCUUACUCAAGAUAUCAAGGAGCAACUGUAUCCAAAGUUGGCAGAUUUUGUCCACUUCCGUGAUGAGGCCGAGAUGAGUGCGAGACUGCCCGCCGCGAUCAUCGCAAUCAAGCUGCUCAAACUACUACCAGUUGACCAGUCCCAAAUUCUAUCAGCUCCGGUUGUGCUAGAUGUGGCCAACGUCCUUAAAAGCCGUACGCAAGAAUCUCGGGACGCAGCUCGUGGUGUGCUGAUUGAGAUUGUUGGUCUCCUUGGUCCCGAGAGCGUGCAAUUUGUGCUUCGCCAGCUUCGGUCUGUCCUUCAGCGUGGCUAUCAGCUGCAUGUGCUAUCCUAUGUCGUGCAUGCGAUUCUCGUAAAGAUGGCGCCGGAGGCUCAGCUAGGUGACCUGGACUAUUGCAUUGAAGAUCUCACUGCAGUCAUUAUGGACGACACCUUCGGCAGUGCUGGGCAGGAGAAGGACAACGAAGACUAUAUCAGCAGCAUGAAGGAAGUCAAGAGUAAGAAGAGCCCGGAUACCAUGGAGCUUCUCGCUCGGAGCACGAGUCUCGAUCAUCUUGGUCAGCUCAUCAAGCCAAUCACUGUUGUGCUCACAGGGUUCCUGCGAACGAAGCAGGUCAGGCAGGUUGAUGAGCUGCUUCGCCGCAUCGGGGUCGGUCUGGCAAGAAAUCCUGCCGCAAGCGAGCGAGGCCUGCUGGUGUUUGCUUUCCAAUGCAUUCAAGCAUUUUACCGCGAGAAGGCGGUGCCCAGGCUCGCCGAGAAGACGACCGAUGAGAAGAAUAGAGAACGCUUUUUGCUGCAAAAGCCAAGCGCUCGUGGAGAAGGCACACACUCAGCCAACCUGUUCAAGAUCGCACGGUUUGCGAUCGAUCUCGUACGCUCAGCAUUCUUGAAGCAUAAUAACCUGAUGACACCGGAAAAUGUUCAUGGAUUUCUUCCAGUCAUUGGUGACGCACUCGUGGAAGGCCAGGAAGAGGUCAAGAUAUCGGCGCUGCGACUUGCUUCCGCGGUUGUUAAGCUUCGGAUGCCAGAGCUUAAUGAGAAGUGUCCUGUCUUCGUCCUGGAAGCCGUCAAAGUGGUCAGGAAUUGUACGCAUACGAACGAGGAAGCCGCUCAAGCCGCGCUGAAGCUUAUUGCUGCGAUUUUGCGUGAACGGAAGAGUGUCAAAGUGCGGGACUCUGAUGUCGCCGAGGUCCUCAAACGUAUCACACCCGAUCUCGAAGAGCCUGAUCGCCAAGGCGUGACAUUUGCCUUCAUCCGAGCGGUCUUGGCCCGAAAGCCGUAUCAGCUGCCUGAGGUCUAUGAGGUCGUCGACAAAAUCGCCAUAAUCAUGGUUACGAGUCAUUCGGCUGGCGCUCGCGACGUGGCCAGAGGUGUGUACGUCCAUUUUCUGGUCGAGUACCCACAAGCAGCCGGCCGCUGGUCUAAGCAGCAACGUUUCCUCAUCAAGAACUUGGAGUAUGACUACCAUGAGGGUAGGCAGGCGGUGAUGGAAGCCAUCAAUACCUUGCUUGCAAAGACUUCUGGAGAGAUCACACAACAUCUGAUCGCGGCCUUUUUCAUUCCUAUCGUCCUUCGCAUGGCCAAUGAUGAGCACGAGGGCUGUCGUGACUUGGCUGGUGCGCUGCUCGGUCAGCUCUUCGUCAGAGCUGAUGUCCAGCGCUUGCAAGGAAUGCUCGAGCCGUUGGAAGGAUGGCUUGAACAGAGCGAGAACGAAGCGCUGCUAAAGCUCAGUCUACAAGCCUUCAGUGUGCUGUUUGCGCAGCGGGAAGGGCUGGAAGAGCAACUGGUGCUGUGCCGGAUGCGUAUUGCAACGAUCCUGGGUUCAUCAUCCCACGAAACCGAAACCUUGGAGGCGAGGAUCCAGGCACUUCGUCUCUGGGCUGUACUUGUUCAGACCCGGCCAUCGUCCACGAUGACGUCUAAGUCUGAGUCCAUCUGGAAGCACAUCAGGACUCUCUUGAGCUUCAACAUACCGGAGCGCACGCUCGCCGCGUCCCUUGUACGUUCAUUCCUAGAGGCGUGUCCGGCCAAGUUGUGGUCCAAGUUGCCGCUCAUCAACUCUCACGGCUCGGCGUGGGAUACGACAGCAAUGCAACUCCUGCUGCGGAGCUGCGUGAGAAUCAUCAAGCUCAACCAGGGCGACCAACACCUCAGCGACGAGGUUGUCACCAUCACCACUCUUAUAGCCAAUUCUGCACCCACCAACGGCCUCACCAUAUCCGUCAAGAGCGAGGUUGAUAGCACCGAAUCAGCUUCAGCUUCCGACGAGGACGAGGACGAGACUCCCGCACAGCCAACCUCAAUCCCCGCAACGCGCUACCUCCUCGACCAGCUCGCAUACGUCCUCCGCCGCGAGCUGCCCAAACACACAACGGCGACUCUCUUCCCGAAAAUGACCGCCCUUCAACUCCUCACGACUCUCGUCCCAACCCUACCCACCACUUCCCUGGCCCAACAACAGCUCACAAUCCUCCUCCUUCCCCUCCUGCACCUCACAUCUCCAACAACCAACGCGCCCUUCUCCGCCGACCCGACCUUUGCAGCCUCCUACAACACCUUGACCACAUCCGCGCAGGAAGUCAUGGGCCUAUUACAAGAACGCGUGGGUGACGCAGCGUACAUGGCCGCGCUAACAGCGGCAUCGAAGAUUGCGCGGCAGAGGAGAGAGGAGAGGCGGCGAAAGCGCGUGGUGGAGCAGGUGGCGGAUCCGGAACGGGCGGCCCGGGUGAAGCGCAUCAAGGGCCAGCGGACGAAGGAGCGGAAGAGGGAG